ACCAACCAAAUCCCCCACCGGCAUCAGCUCGCCAGCCAUGUCGGGCCGCGGCAAGGGGGGCAAGGGGCUGGGCAAGGGCGGCGCCAAGCGCCACCGGAAGGUGCUGCGCGACAACAUCCAGGGCAUCACCAAGCCGGCGAUCCGGCGGCUGGCGCGCAGGGGCGGCGUGAAGCGCAUCUCCGGGCUCAUCUACGAGGAGACCCGCGGCGUGCUCAAGAUCUUCCUCGAGAACGUCAUCCGCGACGCCGUCACCUACACCGAGCACGCCCGCCGCAAGACCGUCACCGCCAUGGACGUCGUCUACGCGCUCAAGCGCCAGGGACGCACCCUCUACGGAUUCGGCGGCUAGGCC